UUUUGUUUGAAUGUACAAUUAUUUUUUGGGUAGUUUCUUAUUUAAAGUGAUUGUGAAAUAGUGUUUUAAAAGUUAAUUAUGUGUGGUAUUUUAAAAGAAUUGAGUAAUAUUUGUCGCUUGUGCCUAACUUUGCUGCAAGAAGAUGAAAUAUCGGCACAUGAAAUAUUUACCUCAGAUGGAACGCAAAGCAAGGCAUGCAAAUCGUCAACUUGCAAUGUGAAUUUUGAGACGCCUGAAAACCUGUGCAGCAAUAAAGUGUGUAAAAGCUGUGAUAAAAUGCAAAUAAAGCAAAACAAAACAGAUUUAAAUCAAAACGCAAAAGUACCAGAUGUGCCUUUGUCACUGACCUCCACUAAAGUUGAUAUAAAUGAUCACAUUACUGAAACCCCCAUUUCAAUUUUAAAACAACAUCGAACUCAUAUAUCAAGUUUAUCUAAACACAACGAUAAGGUUUUGCAAUCUAUUUUUGCCAAUCUUGGUGGGGGAGAUUUCUGUGAUGACUCACCUCACAUAACAACUCAAAUACUCAAAUGUCUCUCUUUAGAGGUUCAGCCAAACGACGGAUUGCCUACUGUGGUAUGCUGCAAUUGCAGAUCUCAACUUCAAGUUUUUUGGAGAUUUAAAUGCCUGGCUCAAAAAGCUGAUAUAGCUCUAAGGAAAUAUCUCGAAGCCUACAAGACCACAGAAGAGGGCCUAAUGGAAGCUGAAACAUGUUUGAAUCCAACUAUUACAUCCAAGACAUAUUUAAAGUCCUCCUCGGAAAGAAUGGCAGCAAAAGCGUUAACGGAGCUAAGUAACUCAGCUAAAGCGAAACUUUUCUCAUUAAAAGUUAAUAAAAAUGUACAACCCUCCUUUGUUGAGGACAGUAAUUGUACGAGCAGUAUUAAAAGCAAAAAUUUCGGUAGGGAUCUAAGCUUGGAGAGAAAUAUUGAUACGGCAGAUAAUUCGAUUUAUGAAAUGCCAAAUCCUACAAAUAAGGGAUAUGAAAAAUUACAUGAUUUGAUAACGAAUGACGACAAAGAUAAAAAUUUAAGUUUACAGCAGCAAUUGGAAACAGCAGCAGUUCUUAUGGACAUAAGUAAAAAAGUUAUAAUAUCGCCACCUUGCUCGAAUCCCGAAUCCCCAUGUCUGGCAUCAGACUCCAGUAUUAAAAAUUCUGUGAUAAAAAGCAAACGUCCAUUAGAUAGCAAGUUAACUACCGAAAUGGACUUAUCAGUGAAAAAACCCAAAUUAGAAUUGGCUAACUUUUCAGAUUUAUUAACUUCUGAAGGUCAUAGCGAUUUGUCUGGUAUUAAAAGCUUUAGGACAAAUGAAUCAUUAAAUAUAUUCGAAACAAAUGAAGAAAAAUCAUCAUCAGAUUCCGAGCAUAGCUUGGAUUCGAACCGUUUGGAGAUGGAUAUAACUGCCUUAACCGAACGUCGAACACCGGAAAGUGUAGCUUCAGAGGAUCAUGGGACUGAUGCAGCUACGACGCAAUUAUGGCAGGCUCUUGCACAUUCAGCAGCUAACAAUGUUGAAAGCAACGAAACUAACCGGCUAUUACAAUUAUUGAACAAGUCGUUCACAUUUCCAGUUGCAGCGCCUAAACCGCUUCUUCAAAGGGACUCUCGUGAAGAACCCAUAGCUUUACUAAAGGGUACUGACGAACCACUGAUAAGUAAAGUAAAACUUUCGGAUUGUAUUGUAAGCACUGAUGGAAAUGAAUGCAUAACAAAUCAUUACAUAUCCAUGGAGGACGCAGUUUAUGAUAAAAAGAAUCCGAAAAACUCUACCUCAGCGAAUAGUGCACAAAAGGGUAUGUCGUGCUCGAAUUGUGGCACAUUGACAACCACUAUUUGGAGAAGAAAUAUACGUGGAGAAAUUGUAUGUAAUGCCUGCGGUUUAUAUUUUAAAUUGCAUGGAAUCAAUAGACCACAUUCAAUGAGAAGGGAUACAAUUCACACUCGCCGAAGACGACCGAAGGAUUCUGAAAAAUCGGAAAAAAAAAGGAAUAAAUCAGAUAAUUACGCAGCAGAAACAACAGAAAAAAAAUAUCUGGAAGGCAUUUCUACUUCAAUAAAUGAGAAAUCUGAAGACCUGAAGCUACGAUUUGGGGGCUAUGCGAAUAAAGAUAUUAUAACGUUCAUCAAAAAUAAUGGCCCGAUUUCAGGAAAGGCGGAAACAGAUGGAAAGAAACAAUCAAACGUGGAACAGGCUUCCAAAAAAUUAAAUGAAGGAAAUGAUGAUUUUGUUGCGCCUCUUAAUCUUGUUGCCAGUGCAAAUAAUAAGUUAACAUAAAACAUUGAAAUCAACAUACAUAAGUAUAUAUGUAUAUAUGCUUGUAUAUAAACGAUAAAUAUUUCCCAUACUGCUUAAAAGAAUGUUAUAUGCAUUCAAACAUAUGCGAAUAAUUAAACGAACGAAUACCAAAUUGAUAUUUACAAAAUAAACAAAAACAAGAAAUAGAAGAAGGAGAGUGGAAAAUAGACAAUUCAAAUCUUAAUAUGUGCAUGUAUUGUACAUAAAAGGUGAUUUUAACGAGGACAUUAAUACUUAAUUUAAUAAUAAUAGAUAUAAAUUCAUAUAUGCUUUUAAAUAUUAGACUGGUCAACAAUAAUGAACAAUCCCCACAUUCCGCUUUUGUAACAUUUUCUUCAUAUAGUGUCAAUAUUUUGGUGUUCUUUAUUAACCUGUGCCGCUAAGAUGAGAAUCUAGCACAUUAAUAUGCUCGCUGUUAAACUUGUAUAAGGGGAAUCAUUAAAAUUAUAUAUUUUGUAUUGUGCUCUCGCAUGCUUAGCAGCUAACGUUUCGGGAUCAAGUACUGCUUUCUCAAACAUUUCGCUGCUUGUGUAGACAACACACCUGCAAGCGAAAAUAAUCUCUGACAUUGAACUCCAUGCAAUUGAUGUAAAGUAAUAUAAUUUCCGGUAAGGCUAACUUAAGUUGAGGUUAUGACUCAACCAAAUCCGUCCACUGCCUAGUUUACUAGCGAAAUUUGCAUAGUUUUCGUUUUGCAAAUCUUUUUCAUAAAAUCUUCUUUCGUCUUUACUGUUAAGACCGAUUUCAAAUUCAGGUGAAACGAACGUAUAUCCCACUAAACGCAAUUAAGGUUACUAAGUUGUCUUAGCGUUAAAAAGUUCGUUUAUAUAAGUUGCAAGGUUUUGCAUCAACAACUGCUUUAUGAUAUCCACUUUUUCAUUUUGUCGGAUAUUAUGGAUUAUUUAUUAUUCGUUAGUUCUUAUCUAUUUCACCACUUCACUCAUCCGCUUGUUCACGUUGUUAAUUAACGGUUGUCCAUUUAUCAAUUUUCCAUUACAUAUUACCUGAUGUUAUGUAGCUAGUUUAAACUUACUCUAGUUAUAGCUUCGCAUAUCCAUUCUUUAUUCACCUAAUAAUUCUCCGCUUACCGGGCUUAUUUUAACCUCGUAUUAGCUAUUAGUUCGGACUACAAAAGAAUCUUAUUUUUAUGAAUUUAACUAUAUUUAUUUAUUUAUUUUAUUUAUUGUUUAUCAGAUCUACCACAAUUAGUUCUAUAACCUCUGUAAAUAUUUGCAAAAACAUAGCAGAUAUUUAAAAUAAAUUUAAGUUGAAAGCGUACGGGGCGGGUCCCUAAGUUGUAAAUGAACCUACGAUCGUGCAAUAUUCGCUAUUCACAACGAAACAGAUAUAUUUUCAUCUAUCCACCAUUGUAAAAGCCUUAAAAAUUAAAAAAAAAAAUUUUUUUAAUUGAUUAUAAAACUGUAAAGUAAAGAAAAUCAAAACUUUUUAUACACCUUACGGCGACCCUCUUAUGCCCAUUGGCAUAAUUUCAACUCUUGCAUACAAAUUAUGAACCUCUUUUUUAAUUGUGGGCGUCUCGAAAAGCCCGCAAGUUUUUUCACACUAAUUUCUGUUAAGUUUCGGAUCUGACCAGUGGUCAUCACUUGAAAGUGUUUAUAUUGAGUUUAAGUUUUUCAUAAAAAUUUUUGCGAAUGCCAACUUUCCAUCCGCAAUUCUAGGUAGUUAGAUGAACCGACUGGGUAAAAUCGAAUAAUGGCUAAUACUGGUCAAUGAUAUAUAUUUAUAUCAUAAGAUUUCUUACAAGUAUAAAAAGCGCCCAAUAUUUAUUGACAACCCAGUUUUCAAAUGAUUGGGAGACCAAUUGAAGGAACAAAAAACGUCCCAGUGAAUGAAGCGCCGUGAAAUGGUAAAUCUUUAAUUGUUGUGGAUAAUUUCCUUUAAUUUUGUAAACAAUUUUCUCUGGGUAGUCUUUCUAAUCUUGCAUAUAAAUUUCUAUGCUAUUCAUAAUUCAUCGGUACGAACUGAAUUGAAGGAAUAUCAUGACCAACAGAUCAGAAGUGGGGAUUGAAAAAAAAGGCGAGCCCGAUGGCAAAAUUAAAAGAUUUUGAAGAACAAUAGUUCGAAUAUGGCUAAGGAAUAAAUCUAAUCAUAGUUGCUGGUGAGGGUGAACAACAGCGUCGGCUAAAGGAGCGGCUACAAAGUGAUGGGAACGAUCUUUCCAUAUAUGAAUUCCAACGCAACACUGCCAGGAAAGAUCGAGCGGGUAAGAUUGUCGAAGUGGACAACAAGAAGAAAGUACAACAACAACUGAUAGAUAGUAAUGCGAAGAAAAAGGCAACAAGAAAAUGCAGUGCUGGCCGCUAUCUCGUAAAAAUUGAGCGAAUAAACGCGAUAAAUAACACCCAAGAUCGAAAAUGCUGACUAUUAGAGAGGUCAAAAAUGGAAAAACAAAGGCGAACACAAUAAUUAUUAAUCAAAAGAGCGAGGCACACCUACACAGAAUGAUCAAAAUUCGAUAAAGAACAGCAACCAGCACCAGGAUAAUCUGGCGAAUUAAAGAAUCAACAAUAAGAAAUUAAGGCAAAAAUUUUCAAGACAAUCAAAAUAUUAUUAUACAAUAUAUUUGAUGUUAAUGUGGGCUUUCUCACAAAGAAAGUAAACAAAGCAGUAAGUCAAUUUUAUAUCCAGUUGCGAGCCCUAGAAGAGAAGCUUUAUGCAGCAGUAAGCUGGUUGGAAAUCUGACGAACCGAAAGAGAUACUCAGUACUUCUGAAAUAAAGGCGACCACCGGUGCAAAUGUGCAAAAUGUGUCCGCCACAAGAUAAACGAUCAUGUGGGCGAAUGCCAAUCACGUUCCAUUAAAUUACGCUCUACGUCACCUACCGAGAAAAAGUGGCAAUAAACACAAAGUAAGGACGAAUUCAUAUAUGAAAAAGUAUACUAGAGUAUUACGGGAAAAGCUGGGAAGUCCACAAAUCGCAUGGUAAGGCAAAUGCCAUGCUCAGGCACUCGUGAUGUUAGGAAUAUAAACGUUAUCUUAAAAAAUAAAAAUUGAAUAAAAAUUGGGGGAAGGCUGCAAUAUGCAAAAAAUUUUAAGGGGUCUACACUAAAUGUCAUGAGGAACUUGUUACUGAUUUUUGCUAACGUUUGCGAUAGCACUCAAUGUCGUUCGAUGACUAUUCUUCUUGCAAUUUAUGUACGCAAAACAACGGUCAAAUGUCUUAUUUCUCAUUUACACCAUUUCUGACGAGGGCGGAAUAGCUAACGUUGUCAACGAGUUUGCUUUACAUACACAUGCUUACAAUGCUUACAUGCUUACAUGCUUACCACGAAAAUGUCUUUUAGAGUUAAGUUUGUAAGAAAAAACAGUUGCAAACAAAAAGUUAAAACAUUUAAAUUUGUGAAAUGUAAGUAAGUUAUCGUUAAAUAAUAUUUAUAAACAAUCUAGUUGUGUUCAUCAAUAUGCAAAUCUUACAUGAUAGGAUGUGCUUCUUGCUCUAAAAUUUGAAGAUUUUUAGGCACUUUGCCCUCUGUUUAAUCUAAGAGAAAGGUCGAUUGUUUACUUUUUGACUUUCGGCAGUCGUAAAUAAAUAUAAACAUAAGUUUGUUGUUUAUUUUUGCGUAUUCGUGCAGCUGAAUGACACCAGCGAGAACGAUAGCAAAAGCCAAGCAGAAGCAAACAGGAACGAAUAAUAACUUUUCCCCUGGUUGCGGAAGGAAGUUAUUUAAAAGAUACGUAGUUACCCUCCAGAUCAAGGAGAUGCCGUCGUCUGUUGAAUUGUCGUGCGGCCAAACGGAAAUUUCUCGACAUAAGAAGUACACAUUGACCUCUCGACGACUUUCUGCAGAAAGAAUCGAAACAAUGAUCGGUUCUGCAUGAGAUUCUUCUGCUGGAUACCCUGUUUUUUUUUCUUUUAUAAAAAAUUAAUUUUAUUGUAGCAUAUUGCUUAUUUGUGUAUCAACUAUU